UACAGCCUUAGUAAAUGUUUGUACUUCGUAUAGUCUGUGUUUGUAUCUCGUCUGUGCUGUUAUAGUUGUCACCAGAGAGGAAAUUUCCUCUCUACUGGUACAGUGCAAUAAUACAGUGCAAAACAGAGAAAUCCAAGUAAUUAACACUAGGUGGAACUGCAUUCGCGCGAUAUCUAACAAAUGACGAAAUGACAAACUAUUUGGAUUCAAGGUGCACUCUAAGAAUCACGAAGAUUUGAGUAAAAGCUUUUCCUUUUUUUUUUUUAUUUUUGUCAUAUACUGUAACGUCAAAUUUCUGCGAUAUGUUUUGGUAAAUCGUAAGUACGAUCUUACGACAGAGGUAAAUGGCGAGUUGUCAAAUGCAGCGUAAUACAAUCAUCGCAUUUCAAAGAUGGGCAAAUCGCGGCUAUUGCCAUUGAAAUUGCCAUCAACCACCAAUAUAGUUAAUAAUGGAAUAGUUAAAGGAAAAAUAUCAUUUGUCCGAAGAUUAGCAGUAGGAUUUAUGAUCUUAGCUACACUUGGUUUAAUAUAUGUACCAGCAUACCAUUCAGCUCAAGGCCCAUUUUUAGGCUUAGGUGAGACUCCAUCUUCUCCAAAACACAUUGGUGUUUCACAUUUGGUAGCCUCAGUAGCGCAAUUGCCAGGAUGGGCAUAUAAUACUUCAAGAGAUCUUUGUGUAUAUAUUCAUCCAGAAAAUACAACUUCAGUUUUAAGUCCUAAUGAUAUAUGUUCUUCAUCACCAUAUCUUUUCAUAGUUAUUUGUUCAGCUGUUACAAAUAUCCAAGCUCGAACAGCUAUAAGAAGCACUUGGGCUAAUAAGAAUAAUUUAGAUAAUAUAUAUAACUCAACUGUAAAGAUAGCAUUUCUUUUGGGACAGAGUGAUAAUGAUACACUUAAUAGUAUAAUAGCUGAAGAAAGCCACCAAUACAAUGAUAUCAUUCAAGAAAAAUUUUAUGAUACUUAUAAUAAUUUAACAUUGAAAUCUGUAAUGAUGUUGAAAUGGAUAACAUCAAAUUGUGGCCAAGCAAAGUAUCUCAUGAAAACAGAUGAUGAUAUGUUUGUAAAUAUUCCUAGUUUAAUGAAAACUUUACAAUCAAAGUCACUAACUGAUACAUUGUUAGGUUCUCUCAUCUGUAAUGCUAAACCUAUUUUAGAUCCAAAUAAUAAAUGGUAUACACCAAAAUAUAUGUAUUCAGGGAAAAUAUAUCCUAAUUACUUAUCUGGUACGGGGUAUGUAAUGAGUUUAGAUGUGGCAUUUAAAUUGUAUCAUGCAGCAUUAACAACACCAUUACUUCACUUGGAAGAUGUUUACAUUACUGGUCUUUGUGCAAAACAUGCAAAAGUACGACCUGUAAAUCAUCCUGGAUUUAGUUAUGUUCCACGUAAACUGGAUCCUUGUACAUUAAAAAAUGCUAUUACAACACACAAAGUGAAUGUGUCCAGUAUGUAUGUUAUAUGGAACAAAUUGAAUGAUACAAGUCUCUCUUGUAGUAAUCAUUCUCAUAUUGAUAAGAAAUCAGUUACAUUAAGCAGAAGUGGUAGAAACAUUGGAUAUUAUACAGUAAAGAGAAGACCUAUUAACAAAUGUGUUUAAAUUAACUAAAAUUUUUAAGUAUUAAACCUGUUAUUUAUUAUUGAUUUAAUAUUUAUUAAAACAAAAUAAUACUAAGAAAUAAUUCUCAAUGAGUAUUAUGAUAAUUAUAAAACAGAGUCAUACUAAAAUUAUAUUGACGAAGAGAACUUUUUUUUAAAGCUACAAUAAGAGAGAUUUAUAAUUGAUGUUUGAAUAAAAGUUUUACAGACUAUUUUUCCAUUUGAAUAGCAAUAGUUUUUAAGAAAAAUAUUGUCAAUUAGACUUGCUCUUAUGAGUUAAUUUCAUUUUUUGUGUAAAAAGAUCUAAAGAAUUCAGAAUUUCCAAUGAUGAUAUAUUACUCAAUUUAAUAUAAUUUUAACAAAAAUUAAAAAAUAUAUAAAACAUGUUACAAGUGUAUUAAAUUACACUCUUUGUCUAAAUUGAAUGAUAUUGAUAUUUGAUAUUUGAUAUUUUCUUUGAUAUUUUCUCACAAUUCUAAGAGAAUUGUUAUGAGAACAUAUGUAUAUAUACAUGCGUAUAUUUUGCUAUUUGUACCUAUUGCCAGUAAGUCUAAUAGUUAUUUCUUUAAUAAAAAUUUAUUUAGUUUAAAAUUUGUUCAAUAUUAUAAAACAUUGGUAUAUUUUCUUACACUCAAAUAUCUUAAUUAUUUUAGUAACCAUUUGCGUAAUUUUAAAAUUCGCCGCUUGUUAUUUAUUACCUAUACAUAACACUAUAUACAACUUAGUAAUUUUAGUUGGGACUAUUAAAAGUAGAAAAUUCAUCCAUCCAAUUUUGACUGUAUGUAUUUUGUGCAAAAUACCAUUGUUAGUGUCGUAUUAUGAUAUUUACAUAUCAACGACACAUAUAUUUAGCUAGUAUGAAUUUGAUGUAGCCUACUGUAUGCUGAGGAUACAUAAAAUUUUGUAAAAGUUCGUUAUAACGUAUUAAUUAAUACUAGUAAUAUUCAUAAUAAUAAUAAUUACAUUUCUUGUACUCCAACUAAUCGAAACGAUUACCAUUUUAUACGAUAUUUUAAUGAUUAUGGAUAUAAAAAAGAAUUACAUUCCUUGCUAAUCCUAAUGCAAAAUGCAUUAUUAGUACACCAAUGUUUAAAUCAAUUAUUAACUUAUUAAAUAAUACGAAUUCAUACUCAUUAAGCUUAUUGAGUGAGAUUCGUUCACUAGUGAAAGCAAAACUAAGAUUAUUAACGACUCUACGGACUAUUCUAGUGGCCUUAGAGAAAAAGAUCUUGUUUUAUUUUAUAUAAAUAUAUUGCUAGAAAAAUUGAACUCUGAAGUUUUUCUAGCAUAUUACGAAAUUUGGUGCUAUAUAGCAAUUAAUUAUACGUUCGCCGGAUGUACUUUUUUACAGAUCAUCAUUUAAUUUUUAUGAAAAUUAAGUUUUACAUGGUAGUAAAAAUGUAUUUUUGAACAUAAAAACGAUAAAAUUUAAUAACAAAUUUUUAUUAAAAAUAUUACCACGCUUGUUGUUUCUUGGAUGGACUGUACACAAGUGCAUACGGUAUUGAUAUAUACGAAAAUUUAACAAUGCAUUUAUCUUUACAAAUUUAUAUAUACAUAUAUAUAUAUAUGUAUGUAUGUAUGUAUGUAUGUAUAUACAACUGAUUUGUUACGCGCAUCUAUUAAAUUGUCAAAAAUUUGUGUCCAUUAAUAAAUUGUAUAACAAAAAGAAAAAAAUAUUGUUUAGGGUAUGAAAAA